CGGCAGAGCCGAGCCAGAGCAGUGAGCUCAGCCAGCGGCAGCGGCGUCUGCGGAGGUGCGGGACGCGAGCGAGGCCGCGCAGGCAGCCCGAGCCCCUCCCGAUCCGCUCCCGGGCCCCUCCCGAUCCGCUCCCGGGCCCCUCCCGAUCCGCUCCCGGGCCCCUCCCGAUCCGCGCCCGAUCCCCUCGCCUCUCCUGGCCGUCCGUGAGUCCGGCCGCGCCGCGCCCAGCCAGCCCAGCUUGUUCGCUCCGCACCAGCACAGUCCCCGCCGCCGCGCAGCCAUGGGGGUGGAGGGCUGCACCAAGUGCAUCAAAUACCUGCUCUUCGUCUUCAAUUUCGUCUUCUGGCUGGCCGGAGGCGUGAUCUUGGGGGUGGCCCUUUGGCUCCGCCAUGACUCGCAGACCACCAGCAUCCUCCAUCUGAAUCUGGAUGAUAAGCCGGCUCCUAGCACCUUCUAUGUGGGCAUCUACAUCCUGAUCGCUGUGGGUGCCGUGAUGAUGUUUGUGGGUUUCCUCGGCUGCUAUGGUGCUAUCCAGGAGUCUCAGUGCCUGCUGGGGACGUUUUUCACCUGCCUGGUGAUCCUGUUUGCCUGUGAGGUGGCUGCUGGAAUCUGGGGCUUUGUCAACCGGGACAAGAUCGCCAAGGACGUGAAGCAGUUCUAUGACCAGGCUCUGAAUAAGGCCGUGCUGGAGGAGAAUGCUGGCAAUGCCAAGACGGUGGUGAAGUCCUUCCAUGAGACGCUGGGCUGCUGUGGCUCCGAUGCACUAACCUCCUUAAUCACGGCUGCCAUCAAAAGUGAGCUAUGCCCAAGCGGAAGCAACGUCCUCAUCACCCCCUUUAAGGCAAACUGUCACCAGAAGAUCGACGAGCUCUUCUCCGGGAAGCUGUAUUUGAUUGGCAUCGCCGCCAUCGUGGUAGCUGUCAUCAUGAUUUUCGAGAUGAUUCUCAGCAUGGUCCUGUGUUGCGGUAUUCGGAACAGCUCCGUAUACUAAGGGCCGCACCUCUGGGGCUGUUCUGAGGUGUGGGCAGGCAGGAGAGCAGGGGAGCCCCCAGACUGUCGCCGAGUGACCAGGAGACGUCUGAAGAGAAAUACAGAGAAUUAUGUAUAGAAAUGUUUCUGAUAUUACCAUACAGUACUUAUUAGCAUUUUUACUUUGGAGGGUUGGGGCAGGGGGGUGGGGGCGGGGAGGUGUUUUUAUUUUUGAAAUAAAGAAGUUGCCAGAUCCCUUUCUAUGCCUCCGGCUACACGUGGUCCUGUGUAGCCAGGGCCUCCAGGGGGUCUCCCGGGCUUAGGGCGGGCAGAGGAGCCUGUAGGGAGGCUCGGCUCAGGGGGCCCCCAUCUUCCUACAGAGCAUGAACUUAGGGCAGGGGCGGAGGCCCUUGCUGGCCCUGCCUUCUGAGGUGGGAAAGGAGAGAUGCAGGACCCCAGCCCUGAGGCACCCUCGCUCAUGCGGGCCUUUUUUUUUUUUUUUAACUAAUCUGCAUUAUUUUUCCAGUAUCUACUUUCUUGAGCAGCAUUUCUGACAUUCUCACACUUUCUGGCCUUGUAUGUCUGACUCUGGCCCCUUAGAGUAUAACUUGGCCGUCCAGGACAGGCCCAAACCAGUUCAUUUCAAUAAAAGGAAAGAAAAGCAGGA